UGGACAGCAGGUGAACACGUCUUUUUUGGACCUGGGGAACUACAGCACAGUGACCAUAGAUCUUCCUUCAGCUGACACUACGCUGGUCUUAAAGAUGGUGCCUUCAAAUGAUCCCCUACCCUUCAAGCUGUUCCUUGGCUAUAUGGAAUUCCCCACUGACACAAAUUACGUAGCGAUGACAGAGAUGCCUCACCAGGGAACAACACAAGAGGAGAGGUACACUUGGGUACUAGAACCCAAGAAUUUGAAGGGAAACAUUGGAGUGCACUAUCUUGUAGUGAGGCCCAUUGUCGGUCCAGGUAUAAAAUCCAUCAACGCCAAUUUAUCAAUCACCUCCAUCACUACUGCAUGUAAAUUUUGGAAUGAAUCAAAAUUGGAUUGGAGCGAUCAUGGAUGCAGGGUUGGUGUUCAGACCACACAUUUAGUCACCCAGUGCCUCUGCAACCACCUCACAUUCUUUGGGAGCUCUUUCUUUGUCACUCCCAACCUUGUGGACCCGUCACGCACUGCUGAGCUGUUUGCAACUUUUGCUGAGAAUCCUGUGGUCGUCUGCUUCGUGGGGGCACUCUUUGUGGUCUAUCUCUUGGCUGCUGUGUGGGCUCGACGAAAAGACAUUCAAGACGUGGCCAAGGUGAAGGUGACUAUACUGGAGGACAACGACCCCAUGGAUGAGUACCGCUACCUGUUGAGUGUCAGCACUGGGCAUCGCAGAGGAGCCUCCACUUCCUCUCAGGUGACAAUAACUCUGCUGGGUACCGAGGGAAACAGUGAACCACAUCACCUGACAGACCCCGAGAAAUGUGUGUUUGAGAGAGGCGCAGUGGAUCUGUUUCAGCUAACUGCACCCUUUUCCCUGGGAGACCUGCAAGGCAUCAGGCUGUGGCACAACAACUCAGGGAGCCAUCCUUCCUGGUAUGUAGGCAAUGUGAUGGUGCAGGAUUUACAGACGGAGCAGAAAUGGCAUUUUCUCUGCAACUCCUGGCUGGCCAUAGACAUAGCUGAUUGUUCCCUCGAUCAAGUUUUUCCUGUCUCGUCCGAGAUGGAUUUGAAGAGGUUCAGUAAUCUGUUCUUCAUGAAGACAUCAAAGGAUUUCAGUGACGGACACCUGUGGUACUCUGUGAUCAGUCGCCCACCGAGCAGCACCUUCACUUGUGUUCAGAGAGUUUCCUGCUGCUUUUCCCUGCUGCUCUGCACCAUGUUGACCAGCAUCAUGUUUUAUGGCAUCCCAGCAGAUCCCUCUGAGCAGACCAUGGACCUGGGUCACUUUGAGUUCACCUGGCAACAGUUCAUGAUUGGAGUUCAGAGUUCCCUCAUCAUGUUUCCGGUGAAUAUCCUCAUUGUUAGUAUCUUCAGAAACACUCGUCCUCGGGAGACCUCUUGUUGGAAGCGCAGAAAGGAAAAACCUGUCGCCCUUGAACAGACUUCCGUCUCACAGACUCCCCCCACCAACGUGAAUGUCAACGUCACUUUAGAAACUGUCAUCAAGGAUAUCACAAGAAUUGCCAAUUCACUGUCUAAGACGGUGAAAAGCAACAUACCAUGCACCGAGUCCGAGUUUGGGCCUGGACAAGUUGAUAUCAACGCUGUCCUUGCUGUGGUGGAAGACUUCAUCAAACAGAACAACAAAACCAGUGACACUGCCCAGUCCAAAACUCAGAGCUUUCACAACCUCGUCCAGCCUCAGCUAACAGAGGGCAGUGCUAGUAUGCAUCCUGCUUCAACAGUGGAGGGGAUUCAAAAGAAGAGCAACAAAACCCAGUAUCUAUACCGGCAGCUGUGUCACAUCAACAAAGAGCUGGGUCUGCUGGGACCCUCCAGCUUUCCCUCCCCACACAGCUACAGCCAGGCUCUGCAGCAAGUCCAGGGCAUGAUGGGCGUUCUUGAAGAUCAGCUCUUCAAAUUCAGUGCCAACCAAGAUGAGCCUACGCAGAAGAAGUUGAGCCCAGCAGAGAGUGCUGAUGGUGACGGUAGUCAGAAGAAACGGGUGUGCUGUCAUGGAGGGCUACCCUGGUGGUUCAUUUUUUUCGGAUGGCUGCUGGUGAUCGCAACCAGUGUUGUUGCGGGAUAUUUCACAAUGCUUUAUGGGUUGAAGUUUGGGAAGGAACGCUCCAUAAGCUGGUUGAUUUCCAUGAGUGUGUCCUUUUUUCAGAGUAUCCUCGUCAUUCAGCCACUGAAGGUGCUAUGUCUGGCAGUCUUCUUUGCCCUUGUAAUAAAGAAAGUAGAUGAGGAAGAUUAUCAAAAUGUGGCCUUUGUAGGAAAUUACAGAAAUCUAGGUGAUUGUAAGGACCAGCACACAGUCAGACAGGACCGCAGCCUCUAUGAGCCGCCUCCUGCUGCAGACAUUGAGAGGAUGAGGAGGAACAGGAUUUUGGAACAGAAAGCCUUCGCCCUUAUCAGGGAGAUUUUAACCUACAUGGGGUUUAUAUGGAUGUUGCUGCUGGUGGCGUACAGCCAGAGGGACCCCAAUGCUUUUUACCUGAACCAGCACAUCCGGAAUAGCUUCAGAAGAAACAUCACCGACAGCAUGAGUCUUGGUGAAGUGUUCACGUGGGCCAACACAUCUCUACUAAGCAACCUGUUUGGAGUUUAUCCAGGAUUUAUCACAGAUGGAAACUCAAAGCUAGUCGGUAACGCUCGUCUUCGUCAAUUGCGAGUGCAGAAGAACUCCUGUGAGAUAUCUGGGUUCAUGCUUCAGCUUGUGCCAGACUGCAAUGCUCCAUAUUCAUGGGAGGUGGAGGACAUGGGCUCCUAUGGCCCUGGCUGGAACCCCUCUGUGGAAGGUAAUACCUCUACAAGCACCUCCAGCCCGUGGAAGUACCAGACGCAGGCUCAGCUCAGGUCUUAUCCCAUCUGGGGCAAAAUGGCGCUCUACAGGGCAGGCGGCUUUGUCGCGGAGCUCGGCCCCGAUUUACAAAAUGCCGGCAGCACCCUUGAGUAUCUGUUCAGGAACAAAUGGCUAGAUAUGUACACCAGGGCCAUCUUUGUCGAGUUCACUGUUUAUAAUGCUAAUGUGAACCUCUUCUGCAUCGUCACUCUCCUGCUGGAGACUGCAGCCAUAGGAGCGUUUCAGUUCAGCAGCGAGCUGCACAGUGUCCGGCUUUACCAAUCAGCUGGCGGCUUCCACGUCUUCGUCAUGGUUGCCGAGAUCAUGUACAUGCUUUUCAUCCUCUAUUACAUGUUCCUGCAGGGCAAAUUAAUGAAGCAGCAGCGGUGGGCUUACUUCAGGAGCAAGUGGAACCUUCUUGAACUGACCAUCAUCCUCCUGAGCUGGAGCGCCGUGGCCAUCUUCAUCAAGAGGACCCUGCUCGGGAACCGUGAUAUGACUUAUUACCACAACCACAAAGACCAAUUCCCCAGUUUUCAUGAGACAGCCACAGCAGACUCAACGCUCCAGUAUCUGAUCGCCUUCCUGGUCCUGCUCACCACCGUCAAACUGUGGCACCUGCUCAGAUUGAAUCCCAAGAUGAACAUGAUCACCGCAACACUGCAGCGGGCCUGGAGUGACAUAUCCGGAUUCCUCCUGAUCAUAGUGAUCAUGUUCCUGGCGUACUCCACCGCAUGUAACGUGAUUUAUGGCUGGAAGAUCUCCUCUUAUAGAACCUUAGCAAAUGCUCUUGUGACCAUCAUCAGUUUGCAGAUAGGCAUCUUUAACUACGGCGAGGUUUUGGACGACACCCCUCUGCUUGGUGGAUUAGUCGUUGGUUCCUGUAUUGUGUUCGUGACAUUUGUGGUGCUCAAUCUCUUCAUCUCUGUGGUCCUCAUGGCAUUUAACCAGGAACAAAUAUACCACAAGCCCUCAGACGAGGAGGAGAUUGUUGACGUGAUGCUGAAGAAAAUCUGCAGUCUUUUCGGGAUCACAUAUAAAAACACAAAAGACACCCAGAGGCCUGAUGUGAGCAGCGACAGUGGCUUGACCCUUAAUAACAGCAGGAAUGUCCUUAACAAUUCCUCAGUCGAUGUAAACAUUUUUCAGACUUCUGACGACUCAGCAGACCUCUAGGAUCAUCGCUUUGAAUAUGUGUGCAAUAAUAUCCACGUGCUCAUGUUCAUUCGCUUGCUCCCUGCUGGAAGGUCAGAGCUGUGCUGCUUUGGGAAGAGAGUGCGAGAGAUAAUUUUCACACAGAAUUAUACUGAACGCUGUCUCUGUGAAUGGGAUGUUUAUUUUGACAAUAUUUUAUUCACAAGAAUGGUUUCUUCCCAUUGACCUCACUCAUGCAUGAAAGUUACACACUUACAUACACAACAUGCAGAUAUAUUAAAAGCUCCAAGAGCAGAAAAAUUAAGCCCUUUUCUGGACAGAAAUGGUUUAAAUACUCAUAAAACUCAUAAUUUUUUUUUUACUUUUCAGUGCAAAAGUAUUCUCAGGCUUCAAGUAGAUCCAUGAAAGUUUAUGACUAAGGCUGACCAGGCUUUUGCAGUUAGACACCCACUGAGUCUCUGGCUUGUUUUAAUUGUACUGUUUUUAAUUCCUGUUUGUUUAAUCUUAUUCAUGUCAUUUUAUCAUCUUUAUUUCCCUGUUCUCGUAUUCUUUUUAUCAUUUUAAUCUGCUUUAUCUGGUUUUAGUUUUAUUUUGUAAAGCACUUUGUAACAUUGUUAAGAAAAUCGCUAUAUAAAUAAAGUUCAUUAUUGUUAUAAUUUUAAGUAGAUGUGGCAAAGGGUUUGGUAUAACUCAUAAAUAUGUCAUUAACG